AUGUUGGCACCAGAAGAGACAAGCCGCGGUAGAAGACGCAUCUCGCCAACAACAACGGCGGUGCCGCCCCCUCGUCCUAUUUCACGACGCCGAGCGCACUCGCUCCGGCGGGCCUCGUACUCAUUUCCGCAUCUCACCUCCGCACUGUCCGGUGACAGUCUGUCGGGACCGGCACCGGCCAACGAGGCCUGCCGCCAACGCAUCCUCUGUCUCACAUCGGCAAAACCGCCGGCCGCCGCCACCAAUCACCGCCCUCUGCAAGCAACACCGCAACAAGGCGUGGUGCACCGUGGAAUUUCCGGUGGUGGAGGUGGCACCCUCGACGCCAUGCCUUCCGCCAACGGUUUCUGGAAUCCCGUCUAA